CCCGGCUCCGAUUGGACGUAGUAGCGGGACCGAAGGCGAGGGAGGGGCGCGAAGAGGGCGGAGAGGCAGCGAGUUGGGCUCGCAGUUGCAGCGAGGAAAUGUAAACAUCGGCGGCGGAGGCGGAGCGGAAAAGGCGCUUCAUCUGCUCCGGGCAGCGAGCCGCGGGCGGCGGGGGCGCUUCUGGAGAUGCGCCUCGGAGGGUCUUAGUUCUCUAUCUCUGUCCCCGGGACUGGAUGAAUCCCCGAAGGGACCUCCCUUCCCCUGGUUGCCCAAGGGAGGAAGGCUCGCCCUCCGCUUCUCCUCCUCGGAUGGAUCUAACGCGGGAGUGUGCCGGGCUGCCCUAGCCGCGCGCGGCCACUGCGGCUCCUCGGUCGGCUCCGGUGCCUGCUGCCCUUCCAGACGGGGCGAUGGAAAUGAGCAUGAAGAAGUUCACAGUGCGCAGGUUCUUCUCGGUCUACCUCCGCAAGAAGUCUCGCUCCAAGAGCUCGAGUCUCAGUAGAUUUGAGGAAGAAGGUAUUGUGAAGGAGAUAGACAUCAGUCAUCAUGUAAAAGAAGGUUUUGAAAAAGCAGACCCAUCACAGUUUGAGCUGCUGAAAGUGUUGGGGCAAGGCUCCUACGGAAAGGUGUUUUUAGUGAGGAAAGUGAAAGGAUCUGAUGCUGGGCAGCUGUAUGCAAUGAAGGUACUUAAGAAAGCAACUCUGAAAGUCCGAGAUCGUGUCCGAUCAAAAAUGGAAAGAGACAUUUUGGCAGAAGUGAAUCAUCCUUUCAUUGUAAAACUUCAUUAUGCAUUUCAAACAGAAGGAAAGCUAUAUCUUAUACUAGAUUUCCUACGAGGUGGGGACCUUUUCACCAGACUUUCCAAAGAGGUUAUGUUUACGGAAGAAGAUGUUAAGUUCUACUUAGCUGAGCUGGCCUUGGCUUUAGAUCAUCUCCAUGGUCUUGGUAUUAUUUACAGGGAUUUGAAACCAGAAAACAUACUUCUAGAUGAAGAAGGACACAUUAAGAUCACAGAUUUUGGCCUGAGCAAGGAAGCCAUCGAUCAUGACAAGAGAGCAUAUUCAUUCUGCGGGACAAUAGAGUACAUGGCCCCAGAGGUGGUCAACCGGCGAGGCCACACUCAAAGUGCAGACUGGUGGUCCUUCGGUGUCCUAAUGUUUGAAAUGUUGACAGGGUCGUUGCCAUUCCAGGGGAAAGACAGAAAGGAGACAAUGGCUCUCAUUCUCAAAGCCAAGCUAGGAAUGCCACAGUUUUUGAGCACAGAAGCUCAGAGUUUGCUUCGAGCUCUUUUCAAGAGGAAUCCGUCCAACAGAUUAGGUGCUGGCCUUGAUGGAGUUGAAGAAAUUAAGCGGCAUCCUUUUUUUGCUACCAUAGACUGGAAUAAGCUGUACAGGAAAGAAAUCAUGCCGCCUUUUAAACCUGCUGUGGGACGGCCAGAGGACACCUUUCAUUUUGACCCUGAAUUCACUUCACGGACACCAACAGAUUCCCCAGGCGUCCCUCCAAGUGCCAACGCUCAUAAUCUCUUCAGGGGAUUCAGCUUCGUUGCAUCCAACUUGGUACAGGAGCCUCCACAGCAAGACGUCCACAAAAUCACAGUUCACCCCAUUGUCCAGGUAAGGAUGCAUCUGGUGAAAGUCUAUGAUGAUGGGAAGUAUGUAUACCUUGUGAUGGAGCUGAUGCGAGGAGGGGAACUCUUAGAUCGAAUACUUCGGCAGAAGUGCUUCUCAGAACGAGAGGCCAGUGCUGUCCUUUGUACCAUUACCAAGACAGUCAACUAUUUGCAUUCCCAGGGAGUUGUUCACCGAGAUCUGAAACCUAGUAAUAUUCUUUACAUGGAUGAGUCAGGUAACCCCGACUCCAUCAGGAUCUGCGAUUUUGGAUUUGCCAAACAACUGAGAGCUGAGAACGGCCUGUUAAUGACACCAUGUUAUACAGCCAAUUUUGUAGCACCUGAGGUCCUGAAACGGCAAGGCUAUGAUGCAGCCUGUGAUAUCUGGAGCUUAGGGAUUCUGUUGUACACCAUGUUAGCAGGAUUCACUCCUUUUGCAAAUGGGCCAGAUGAUACCCCGGAGGAGAUUCUGGCCAGAAUUGGCAGUGGAAAGUAUGCACUUACAGGAGGAAACUGGGAUUCGAUAUCUGAUGCUGCUAAGGAUAUUGUGUCAAAGAUGCUUCAUGUAGACCCCCAUCAGCGCUUGACAGCAGCCCUGGUUCUAAGGCACCCGUGGAUAGUAAACGGGGAAUAUCUAUCCCAGAAUCAGCUCAGCCGACAGGAUGUUCACCUGGUAAAGGGAGCAAUGGCAGCCACCUACUUUGCUUUAAACCGAACACCUCAGGCACCAAGGCUGGAACCUGUAUUGUCCUCCAACCUGGCCCAGCGGAGGGGGAUGAAAAGACUGACCUCAACGAGGUUGUAGUGGUCCCAAAGAAUGCCUGGUUGAAAAAAGGGAAAACAUGCGCCACAUGUUGCUCAGAGAGGCUGAUCCGUAUUGCUAAUUUUGCAGGACUUUGGACUAUUGGCACAUAAAUUGCUAAAAUUAGCAGAACUCCAGCAUAAGGCAAAGAUAUCCUUUGCUUUCCGAUUCCUUUUGUUGCUUUUGUUUUUUAAGUUAAUGCCAAGAUCCUGAGUUAGCAGGUACUCAAAGAUUGUCAUGUGCCAAUUUUUCAACUGCUGUACUGCUUCUUAUUUAAGUGUAUACCACUAAGAUCCUAUUCUCAUUUUCUCCAAAUGUUAUUUUUGGGAUCUUUUAGAUGCUCUGUAAGACCACUUUUUGUAAGCAAUUUUCAGUCGCUUUGGUUUUAGAGGUCAAUUCUACCAGCAUUUAUGUCAUGGUGAAUUGUCACAGCUAGCAAUUGAUACUGCUACCCAUUAUCACCUGCAGCAGAGUUCAUCUCCAAAGAGCUGAAUGUGAAAGGAAGACGCGUGUGAUGCUGUGAAAUCAAUGGCCUACUAAGAACGGUAUUUAACAUGAAGAAAGAAGAGCUGGCUGAGUAGUGCCUGCUGUACUUCUCAAAAAGCACCCUUCAUGUGUUUGGUCUGUACAGCAAAUAAUGCAUGGGGGGGAUUGUGGUUGCACCCACUGAUGCUGAUAGCCACACAUUCAAGGACAUCAUUUGCUCCUGACAUCCAUUCUUAUAUUAAUUAAUCAACUAUCUAUGCUUGGAUAAAUUGAGGGUAUGGAUCAUGGAUAGAGGCCCUUAUGGCAUCAUAGGCCUGUAUGUGGCGGCUCUGUGCAAAUAGAACUUUGAGUGUGUGGAGGCUGUAGUGGGGCAGUAAGCAUGACCUAGUCUCCCUAUGGGUGGAUGAAUGAAUGCAAGAAUAGUGCUUUCUAAGGAUGCUAUACUGUGUUACAAACUCUCCUACUUUUAUCAUGGAGAUGGCAAUCUUUUGUUUGCCUGUUCCAUUUAAAAUAAUGGCUCAUAAUGCCACAUGAUUACCUACAUGACAAAAUCACCUAGUCUCUGACAAGCAGAAGGGAAAGAAACUGUCAGCGGAGAAAUUUCAGUGAGAAAAAAUCUACAAUAUUUUUCUAACAUCAGUGGAAACAGGUGUAACUGUGAUGUUGAACUAGCAUUACCUGACUGUAUUGGCUUGUGUUGUGCAUAAAGUGAUUGACAAGAAUGGAUACGUUCCGCCUCCCACUGACAUCAGUGGCAAGCGCUACUCUGGAUUGCACUCAUUGGCCACCACCCAACACAGACUUAACUUAAGCAUGUUUAAGCCCUUCGAAAUCUUGGGUUUGGCAGCUUUAUGAUUCUGAGUUGUAUUGCGGCCAAUAUUUUAAGCACUUUACUUGACUUGCAUUUUUAUAAUGGAUUUCGCCACCUUUCAAAACUCUGCAGGAAAAACCAGCAUGUUACAUUGUCUCUCGUUUCCUCUUAUGGGGGGGAAACGUGAAGACAGAAUAUUGUAUCCUAUAGAUUACAUUUAUUUUGCUGAGUGGUGAAGCCAUUCCAAUACUAAACACAGCUUGGGAGAUUGAUGUCAAUUGUGCCUGCAGAUGCAAGAGAACAGAUUUGUUGCAUUAGCUACUGUAAUAUGCUCCUUAGGGUCUGUUUCUGUGUGACAGAACGUCAUGUAAUUUAUUCUAUUUUGUCCUUAAUUUUUAAAUUAUAUUUAAUGUUUCAUUUCUAUGUGCUGUGCACACAGGACGGCAGCAGAGAAGCUGUUCUUGAAGUGUGACUUUUAGAAUAAAACAAUGCUGUGAAACUCCAUAAAAUGAAGGUUUUGGCUCAGGCUUGACAGGUGAUAGGUAUAUUGUAGAUAUUUGAAAUCUUGAACAUGUGGACCUGUUUUUCUGUUGUGUUCACUUUUGCCCUUGCUUGCUCCUUUAAAUAGAAGAGCCCAGUGCACCCAAAAUCAUCAAGAGCCCUGGCUAUUUCCUAACAAUCAGAGUGCAAUUUCAUUACUUCUUGGACUUGGACUUGGACUUGAUAUCAUAACCCUACUCAACCAAGGGAAUAUUAGUCCAGUCCAUAAGUGACUGCUGACUGUGUGUAAAUAUUGCCCUGUCUACCCACAUAUACCACAGGAGAUGUUGCACCCCACUUGUAGAGUCUGUGUGGUGAUGAUUCACAUCUAUGGUGAUAAUGGCAGUAGGAGUAUAAGUACAGUCAUACCUCGGAACAUACCUGCCAAGUCCGGGUCGUAAAUAUCCGGGAUCGGCAGCGCGCGCAUGACCGGAAGUUGCGUGACGCAA